AUGAAGGAUUGCCUCUCGGGAGCGUUGCAUACCAAAUGUAAAAGCAGAAGCUCCUUUGUUUGCAAAGAGUCAGAAUUUACUGAAACUGGAAGAGAGAAGAGCAUCAGAUAUAGUGAUUUCCAGAAAAGUUUGGAAAACUGGGAUUGUUUUGAUGAUGAGAAAGAUUAUUUUUGUGGUUCAAAUGGUCUGGAAGUAGAAGAAAACAGUGUUAUUUGCUCUGAAACUGAUGCAAUUCGGAAUACAGCUAUAUACACGGGAACAGGCCUCACUUUGCCGUCUCAUUUGGCUGCAAAUACUCCAGAAAAUACAGACCAAAUUAACAACCUUGGUUUGUUAAAGAAAAUUGUGCAUGGAACUGGUGCUCAGGCAUGCAAUAGGCAAGGUUUAAUACCACCUCACAUCGCUCAAAUUUAUGAUGAAUUAUUUGUCAUACAUCAGAAGCUCCAGAGAGAAAGUUCAGCACAGCAGGAGUAUGCUCUGCAACUGCAGAAACGAGAGCGUUGUCUAACAGAACAAGAAGCAAUGUUUUUUCAACACGAAGCAGCUUUGGCUAAAAUAAGAGGUGUUGAGGAAGAAGUUCACACAAAAAUUGCAGCUAUAAAAGAGCAACAUGAGGCAGAAGUUAAGCAGCUGACAGAAGCCUUGAGAGAAAUAACUAAAGAAAAUAGGAGGCUGAAGUCGUCGUUUGACAGCUUGAGGGAUGUGAAUGACUCUUUAAGAAAGCAGUUAAGUGAUGUAACUGAGUUGAACAAGAAGUUGGAAGGUCAAGCACGAAAAGCAAAAGCUCGUUUAGAAAAUCUGCAAAGGAAGCAUGAAUUUUCAAAGGUACGGAAAUCUAAUGAUUUGUGUCAAGUGGUGAAAGAAGGCAAACCUGUGAAACAGGAAAAAGUGAUGGCAACAUCAAGAACUGCUAUGCUACCAUUGAAUUCACAAGUCUAUGAGCUCUUAACUUAUCUUAUGGAUUGGAUCUCUGACCAGCAUCUUAGCAAAAUAAAAACACAAGAAGAGAGAGAGGACAGUCAUAAACCUAGGGUUACCCAGAAUUUAAAGAACUCCUGUACUCAGGAAAAGUGUAUGAAGCUUUUGCCUAUAGCUACUGAGCAGCUCCAGUGGAUGCCAUAUGUGAAUCCUAAACUGCACAUGCCUGUCAUUAAAUUUAUUUACUGGUCUAUAAGGCAAUUAGACACUGAUAUACAGCACACAACAAUAAGAUCAACCAUGAGGAGACUUGGCGAAGAUAUCUUCAAAGGCAUAGUGAGUAAGGGAAACCCACACAGUUCUUCUGAACAGUCUACAGAAAGUAAAUCAAAGUCAGCAGCUUUCUUUAAGAGUUUCUGUAUGCCUCUGAGGUUUCUGUCAACUUUGAUUGUGCUUAAAACAGUGAAACAAGUGGAUUACCUGGCUCAGGCAUUUGAGUCCCUUCGUGUAGACUUGAAGACAGAUGAAGGGAAGGCCUUAUUUGUGGAAUACCAAUCUGUGCCUGUCAUAUUAAGUCACCUAAAAGUAUCCAGUACAAGUCUGCUUUCCAGGGCUCUUGAUGGAUUACUUCAGAUGACCAUGGAAUCUGGUUCCUUACAGCCUUUCCUGGAAGCCUGCAGUAAUGAAUCCUUCUUCCGCACUUGCUCUGUAUUGCUUCGAAGUUCUAAGCUAGAUAUUGCAGUUUUGGAGAAGCUCUGUGUUAUACUGCAAAAACUUUCCAGAAUAAAAAGCAAUAAGAAGCUGUUUGAAUUGUUUGGUCUUCAUCGAAUGUUCCAAGAACUGCGUAGAACUGUAGAUCCAGAUCACACCUUCCUCUGCAUAAACCUCAAUUCAAUUCUGCUGAAUUUGGAAUUCUUGAGGAGUAACUCUCUUGACUCUAGUCUAAGCACAAGUCAAUAG